GUACUCCGGAAGCAGCAGCCUGUUAGCUUUGCUUGUGCAGCACAAGGACAAAGAGUGUGUGUGUGUGUGUGUGUGAUUUUAACUUUCACACUUUAAAUCUGUUCUUACUCUUUAGGUUGUUCUGUGAAGCCCGCAUGUGAAGAUGUCUCCCAAACCUCUGGAACCUCUGGCCAAGAAACUCAUGAAGGGAGUGAUCGCUCUGGAGCUUCUGGGUGUGUUCGGGGCGUACGGUCUGUUUCACAUGAUGAACAACAGUCGAGAUUUCAGGAACACCGUGAACAGGCGGUUUCCAUCAGUGCUGGAAGUUUACUACCAGUCCAACGAGUGGGCGGGGGUCUACGGCAUCCGGGAGAAAGACCACGAAGCCUGGUCGGCCAAAGAGGACUGAAGCUGUCGGUCAGUUAACAAUCAACAACAAACUGACAGCAGCCGCUACUUCCUCCUCUUCUUGUUCCCGAACGUCUUCCCUGCCGUCCUCGCUCGGCCGAACGCCUU